AUGUCAGGCCCACUCGUGUCUUUAGUCGGGAAAAGAAUUCUAGCAGAAUCGGCACGAAACCAUUUUGGAACAGAGGAUCCAUAUUUCGAGGAAGUUCCGGCCUCACGUCUGCACCGCGUAUUCGGCAAAAAGACUCAAAAGCGGCGCAAGGCAGUACCACCGGACUUGUGUCUGUUCAGCCUGUGUGGCAUCCGAUUUGGCUGGGGCAGUGUGAUUGGCUUGAUCCCAUUUGCCGGCGAUGCUGUUGAUGCUGCACUUGCGAUGAUGGUGGUAAAUACGUGUGAGAAGAUCGACGGGGGGCUUCCGACACGCCUCAGAAUGAUGAUGCUGAUCAAUGUCAUUAUUGAUUUCGCCAUCGGUCUCGUGCCCUUCGUGGGGGAUCUUGCCGACGCCAUGUACAAGUGUAACACAAGAAAUGCUGUUAUGCUGGAGAAACAUUUAAGGGAGAAGGGAGCCAAGGCGCUUUCGAAACAGCGAAGACGCCAAGAGAAUGAUACAGAUCCAAGUCUGCCCGACGAAUUUGACAAAUAUGACCAGAUGAUGGUGGAUGGUCCUUCAAGGCGCGAAAGCCAUAGACAUCACAGCAGGCAUCGCAGCAGGCAUCGCAGUAAGACCCGUCAAGCAACGAAUGAGCCAGCACAUCAAUCCCACGACAACCGAAAGCAUACCAAAUGGUUCGGUGGAGCCUCCCAUCGGGAGCAUGACCUCGAAGCUGGAGUCGUCGACAACUCUCAGAACCGUAGGUAA